AACAAAACAAGGCAAACCAACUGAUAAACAGAAAUCAAACCACUGAACGUGAUAGCGUGGAUAAAGAAUCGUCUAACCGUUCACUAUCGUUGAAUCGAACCGUCUACCACUUACAGUUGUAUCACUCCGAAGCACUUUAAACUCUUAAGCGUUAUCAACACGAUGAGAUUCCGUUUCAAAGACGAGCACUCAUUCGAGUCUAGAAAGGCCGAGUCUCAGAAGAUCAGUUCCAAGUUCACAAACCGUAUACCAAUUGUGUGUGAGCGUGCGGAGAAGUCCAACUUGCCAGAGAUCGACAAGAACAAGUACCUUGUUCCGUAUGACUUGACCAUCGGACAGUUUGUGUACGUUAUCAGAAGAAGGAUCGACGUGCCAGCAGAGAGGGCUAUCUUCAUCUUUGUGAAUGAUAUAUUACCACCAACGGCUGCAACAUUGAGUUCUGUCUACGAGGAACAUAAAGAUGAGGACGGGUUCUUGUACAUCUUGUACUCUAGUGAGAACACCUUUGGUGAUUUGGAGAAGAUCCCAGGUGUGGUGAAGUUGGACUGAUUGGUUUGGUCGAGAAGAGAUGAGGAGGGUGAACAAACACAGACAACACAGGAAACGAACAAAUAGCACACUCACUCA